GAACAGGCCCGUAUGGUGUAUUACACAGUUUAUGCAGUCCAGAUUCACCUGUAUCAAAGUCAUACAAGGAAAUUUGCGAAAUACUUUCAACGCACUACACACCACCUACACUUGUUUUUCGAGAACGAAAAAAGUUUCAUAUGGCAGUCAAAGGCGAAAAUGAGACAAUUGCAGAAUGGUAUGCCCGUUUAAAACAGUUGGCAUGUAGCUGUAAAUUUGGUGUCUAUUUGGAAGCAUUCGUACUUAACCAAUUUGUGAUGAGUCUUCCUAAUGCAAUAUUUGAACGCAUGUGCGAAGAAGAUGAACGUCUAUCUCUUUCUGACGCACUAAGAAAGGCAAUGAUAAUGGAGACCAAAGAUUUUGCAAAGAGGACAGGAGAGAACAUCAGUUACGUGAACAGAAGCAGCGCAAAUCAAAGAAAAAAGCGAAACUGCAACAAUAGAAACAACGGCAGUUAUGACACUGGAAGUUUCAAGGGCAACGGAAGAUCACAUGGGAUGAACUUCAAAAGCAGUAGCAGCGACGGUAGUGACGGCGACGCAGGCAGAGGCAAAAAGCAGCAGAAAUUCUGUGUGCACUGUGGUUGGAAAAAUCAUCGAUCUGAAGAGUGCAAGUACAAACAUCUAAAUUGUCACACUUGUGGGAAGAAGGGUCAUUUGGCGAGCGUAUCGUGGCACCAACUUCUUCUGGUGAGCUACACAUUUUGA